UCCUACGUAGGAACUGGUUUGUUGGUGGAAAAACUUACAUGUGUAGCAGUUAGUUCUUAACAAAGUCAUCUUUAUUCUAACGUACAUGCAUGAUUCUAUAAGCUAUCUUCCAAUUGAAUAAUGGCCUGGCAAAUAAUUUCCUCUCUUAUUCUCCUCUUCUCUACAACUCUUUCUCUUGUGACUCCCACAUAUGCAUCUAGUCAAGAAGAUCCCGUCUUUUUACUCCGAAAUUGCGGUUUAACAAGCGGAAACUAUACCGAGAAUAGCCCCUACCACUCAAACCUCUUAGAUGCCUUCUCUAAUCUUACCUCCCUUUCGUCAUUCAACGCCUUCUCCAAAGUCACCGUAGACGCCGAUGAAGAUGACACAAGCAAAGUCUAUGCGUUAUACGACUGUCGGAAUGACCUCACACUUCGAACAUGCCAUAAUUGUAUUCAGACCGCCACGGAAAAACUUUUGCAGGAGUGCACCACGAAAGAGGCCAUCGUCAUGUAUGAGGAGUGCAUGCUACGCUAUGCCAACCGCCAGAUCUUUGCCGAAGUGGAGCUCAAGCCCUUUUAUAAUGACUGUGAGAUAAGUAUACCAGAUGGAGGCGAGUUGAAUCGGAUAGUUGAGACAACAAUCAAAGGACUAAUCGAUGAAGCCACAUCGGAAAAUUCAUCGGGCUACUUUGCAACUAGAGAAAAGACUUACUUUGAGUAUCAGAAGGUAUAUAGUUUGGUGCAAUGUACUCCAGAUCUUAGUAAGGAGCAGUGCAAAGAGUGUUUAGUGGAUGCAUUGAACCAUACGCUUGACUGUGCGAACGCUAGCUUGAUGAUAAGUUAUCACCAUGUGCCUAGCUGCCAGAUGAGAUACGAUGUCGUACGCCAUUUCUUUAAUCUAUCUACAUCAACAGUUUCUGUUUCACCCAUGGCUUCUCCUCCUAUUUCGUCACCACAAUUAAAGACUGGUCAUGGUGUUCAACGUUUGAUAUCGAUUCAAAACUUUGUUAUUGUCUUCUUCAUUGUAUUUUGUUUAAUGUAAUUAAACCUUUAGAUCGAUUUAACAUAUCAAACAAGAUCAACUUUAAUUGAUUUGAUCAACUUUUUCCAUUUCCUAUUGCUUUUUGCUAUAGAUAUAUCGAUGUAAAAGAAACUAUCUUCCAGAUGUGAUAUAAUAGUGUACCUUUCUUUGAUCCAUUAUUUCGCCUUCCACCCAUAUAUGAUAUAUCACUUCUACUCCCGGCCAGUUAGUCCCGACCUCUCUUAGGCUCCGUAUACUUUGGCGUACAAUGUUUUCAGUGAAAAACAUUUUUCAAGAAUUGUUCCGAGUAUGGAACUGGGGGAGCCCUGCCUGGUGAUGUUGCCCUGUCAGGCAGAACGAACGUAAGCUAACCUCGGGGGUUUAACCGAGGAAACCCCCUCCGAUGCCUAAGUCAGCAAAUGAGAUAAUGCUCUAGAGAGAGAAAGUAGAGAGGGUUAAGAAUUGUACUUGUAUUGAACGUGUCCGCAAAUGAAUGGGGACAGCAGUAUUUAUAGGCGUACUAUUCAGUACUUUGGCCUAUUCAGAUGUUGCCGCGUGUACGCUAGUGAUGUACUUGUUGUUUGUCCUUUUGCUUAACG